AUGGGAUCAGUGGAUUUGCUGCGUUCUGUUCUUGGGAUCAGAUUCCUGGGAGCCUUCCUCCUCCUCGGGGUCGCCUCCUCCGUCUUCCUCGCGAGACUCGCCGUCCCUCUCUCCCAGGACCUCUUCUUCUCGAUCCUCCCGCAGCUUUUCACCUCCGUCCGCGGCUACCUCUCUCCCCCUUACAUCUUCGUCUUCGUCAACUUCAUGAUAUUCAUCAUCCUGAAGCUCCCCGACACGAAGAACCACAACGGCGGGAAGAAGUCCUCCGACGGCGGCGCCGCCGUGCUCCCUCCGAAACAACCGAAGAACCUCCUCCCCCGCCCAUCCUUCCUCCAUGCUUCUGAUGCGGCGCCAUUCGUCAAGGACGUUGAGGUGGAGAGCAACGCCGUGGCGCCGCCACCUCCGUCCUCAAAAGGUAGCGAUCCCGCUCCCAGUGGGCAGUCCAGCCCAUCCUGCUUGACGACGACAGAGCUUGACGGGGACCCGGAGGUAGUCUCUUCCAUUUCCGGCGGCGGCGUCGGCGGCGCCGUCGUUCAGAGAAGUCUCGUCGGAGGAUCCUCCUCUCCGGCGAAGGAGGAGGAGGAGGAGGAGGAUUACGGUUCCAUGGAUGAGACAUGGAUGGCAAUUAUGCAGCGGCAAACGGGGAGGAGGCAUCCGACGAAGAACGAAACGUGGCCCGUGUCUCCUCCAGUUCAAUCCUCGGUUCAACUCGAGCCGGCGGCGGAACCAGCGAUCCAGCGGGAGCUACAAGAGUCGGAGACUUUCCCGGAGCCGGCGGCGGCGGAAGUUCCGUCUGCAGACGACCACGACGAGAUGAACCGCCAGUUCGAGGCCUUCAUCAAGAAGGUGAACGACCAAAUGAGGCUUCAGUCUCAGAACUCCACCCGGCGGCGCUUCAUGGAGAUGGUGAACGUGUCCAGAUAA